AUGACGUUCAACGAACGCAGCACCCAUUUGUCUCCAGUACACGAUGCUCCCCUGUUGCCUCCAGGUCCAGAGGCCUUCCCCAAUCACGGACCUAAUUUCAACGAACACUGGGAGACAGAAGACUUCGGUGAAUCAUUGGAAAGUCUCAACCUCAGUGGCAAUGAAGGCUUGUCCAACAGCGACAUCUCUGAUAGCACCUCUGGAAGAACCAACACCAUCGGCAUGGAUGCUGAUUCGUCACAAUAUGUACCUGAGACGAUCAGUCCUACGUUGAGCCCUGGAUUUGCCAAUAAUCGCAUUUAUCGAGCGCAGACCAUUCAUACAGCUUCCCAGACUUCCAACGACGCCGAUUCCUCCUCAUCUUGGAGGCAACCAGGUCAUUGGUCUGAAGGAAGCUCUACCAAUCUGCAGCCUCCCAUCUGGACUCCCCACAAGUCCUCCGCUACCAUUUACAGCCAGUACUCCGAGAGCGCAGGGGGGAUCGAUACUUCAACACCUUGUGUAGAAGAUUACGAUUUGCGGCCAAUGCCUGAUGACAAUGCUGCAUCUAUGCAAAGCUACAAUGAUCCACGAACCGGUAUCUGGGCCCAAGAGGAGCCAACGAUGGGCAUGCACCGUGGAAGUGGCAUUAACUCCACGGUAACACGCCUACUACCACAAAACCUACAAGAAGUCUUCGCCAAUGCCGACGCCGCAACACCUUUCGGUACCGAGUCUCAGUCUGACGAAUGUGCUCUGUUUUCGAACGCGGCGUCUGGCGCUGAUGGAGGAACAGGAAUGGCAGCUUCUUCAUUUUCACCGCUGUCAACAACUGGAGGUCCAGUACCACAAAUCUUUCGACUUCCAUCCAGUGGCCAAUCAGGAGUCAUGAUCGUGAUCAAUGGUACAAUGUACCUUGCAGAUACCUCGGUUCAACGAACCCCAGGAGUCGAGUACUCUUUCCUCCCGCCCGGCAGCGACCUAAAAUCUUCACCAAACAUGGCACCUAGAAUCCUGUUGGACAAUCCACCCCUUCCAACCACGACCUUGCCACCUACUUUUACCAUCAACCCUCCCGCCCCAGCUCCUUCUCCAUCAGUCUCUGCUGAUACAUCAACUGCUGGCGUCGCAACGUGCACGUUUGGAGGGUGUGGAGCAAAAUUCCACGGGGGCUCGAAAAAGGACUCGUUACGACGACACAAGCGUAAUCGCCAUGGUAACAAAACAAAACCCACAUGUCCAGAAUGCCACUUGGUCAUCCAAUCAGGUCGUCCAGACAAUUUGAUAAGGCAUAUCUUACGUCAACACUCAGGUCAGCCGCUGGCCGCAUCGCUCAAGGUACGGAUGAGGAAAACGGGCUCCAGAACCGCGGCUUCAAAAACCAUGUCGCGAGCGACUUGUCCCGCGAACCCGCCUAGUGCCUCGUCUGUCACGCGCAAAGAAGAUUAG